AUGUCGGCGGCCUUGCUGCGCAGAGGCCUGGAGCUCCUGGGGGCGCCGGAGGCCCCCCAGGCCAAGCCGGGCCAGGCCAAGCCGAGCGGGGCUCCCGGGAAGCAGGCCGAGAAGGCGAAGAUGAAGGCGAAGGCGGCCCAGGCCGGGAAACUGCGGAACUCGGCCAAAGGGAAAGUGCCCAAGUCGGCGCUGGCCGAGUUCCGGAAGCGAGAGCAGCGAGGCUACCUUGGCGUGAACCUGGCGUUUAUGACAAGGGCCAGGAGCACCGUGCCGGAGUCCGUCACCCAGCAGAUUCUGCGCCAGAAUCGGGGCCGCAAGGCCUGUGACCGGCCCGUGGCCAAGAAGAAGAAGAAGAAGGCUGAAGGCACGGUGUUCACCGAGGAGGACUUCCAGAAGUUCCAGCGGGAGUACUUCGGCAGCUAG